GCGGCGCCGCUGGCAGACGAAGAGGCUGACCCCUGCGCUCGCGACGGCGACGAGGGGUGUUGGCGACGCGGGAGAAGCCCGCGCGUGUCCCCGUGGUCCUCCUCGAGCUCCCUGAGCUGCGGACGGCCGCCCUGCGACGAUGCUGUCGCCGAAGAUCAUCGCGCUCGAAGAGGGGUGGAAUAAUGAAAUCAAGGCGAAGGCCAUCGACGUCCUGGAGGAGAUGCUGAACAACGGCUUCGACCAGAAGAGCCAGCGGCUCUUCGCCCCCAAGGAGUACGUGCAGACGUACACGACGUGCUACAACAUGUGCACGCAGCGGAGCCCCUACAACUGGUCCGAGCAGCUCUACCAGCGCCACGGCGAGACCAUCUGCGACUACCUGACGAAGACGGUGCUCCCCGCGCUGCGGCACCAGCACAACGACUUCCUGCUCACGGAGCUGACGAAGCGGUGGGCGAACCACAAGAUCAUGAACAAGUGGAUGCGCCUCUUCUUCAUGUACCUCGACCGCUACUACGUCAAGCACCACAGCCUGCCGACGCUCGACGUCGCGGGGCUCAAGCACUUCAAGACGCUCGUCUACAACGAGGUGAAGAAGGACGUCGUCAACGCCAUGAUCGGCCUCAUCGACGCGGAGCGCGACGAGAAGCUCAUCGACCGGGGCCUCGUCAAGAACUGCGUCGAGCUCCUCGAGGCCAUGGGCAUGGGCAGUCUCGACGCCUACGUGACGGACUUCGAGGACCAGCUCCUCGGGUCGACGAAGGAGUACUACGCGCGCAAGAGCCAGGAGUGGGUCGAGACGGACGACACGCCGACGUACCUCGCCAAGGCCGAGGUCGCGCUCGACGCGGAGAAGGCGCGCGUGGCCCACUACCUCAACAGCGCGUCCGAGCCCAAGCUGCUGCGCGUCUGCGAGCACGAGAUCCUCGAGCUCCGCGAGACCGUGCUCCUCGAGAAGGAGGGCAGCGGCUGCCGCGCGCUCCUGGCCAACGACAAGGCCGCGGACCUGAGCCGCAUGUACCGCCUCUUCAGCCGCGUGCCCAACGGGCUGCCGCCCAUGGCGGCCCUGGUACGGGCCCACAUCGAGGCCAUGGGCAACGAGGUCAUCAACCGGCGCGAGGCGCGGCUCGAGGCCGGCGAGAAGGACUCGAACCAGGACCCGGCCUUCGUCAAGGAGCUUUUAGCGCUCCACGACAAGUACAUGGCCGUCGUUUCCGCCCAGUUCGCGGGCAACGCCCUCUUCCAGAAGGCGCUCAAGGAGGCGUUCGUCGAGUUCACGAACCGCGACGUCGGCAAGUUCACGAACGCGGAGCUCAUGUCGUCGUUCUGCGACCGCAUCCUCAAGAGCGGCGGCGAGAAGCUCAGCGACGAGGACGUCGAGUCCUACCUCGAGAAGACGGUGCAGCUCUUCUCCUACCUCACGGACAAGGACUUGUUCGCGGAGAUCUACCGGAACCAGCUCGCGAAGCGCCUGUUGAACCAGCGGUCCGCGUCCGACGACGCGGAGCGCCUCAUGAUCGGCAAGCUCAAGCUCCGCUGCGGCUCCCAGUUCACGGGCAAGAUGGAGGGCAUGCUCAACGAUCUGGCCAUCGGCGUCGACCACCAGUCCGACUUCGACCAGACGGUCAAGGAGGACAAGUCCAAGAGCCUGGGCAAGCUCGACUUCGCCGUCCAGGUGCUGACGACGGGCUACUGGCCGUCCUUUGCCGCCAUCGACGCCCACCUCCCGCCGGAGAUCGUCCAGUGCACGCGCGUCUUCAAGGACUACUACGACACGAAGAACUCGAAGCGGCGCCUCACGUGGAUGUUCUCCCUGGGCAACGCCUCCGUCAAGGGCGCCUUCGGCAAGAAGUCCUACGACUUCCAGGUGUCGACGCUCCAGGCCAUCGCGCUCCUCGCGUUCAACGCCGACGGCGACGGCGCCGCGCCGUCGCUCGCGUACGACGCGGUCCGCGAGCGCAUCAACCUGCCCGACGAGCACCUCAAGCGCGUGCUCCACUCCCUCGCCUGCGGCAAGUACAAGGUCAUCACGAAGACGCCCGCGGGCAACACGAUCAAGAACACGGACGCGUUCAAGGUCAACGCGGACUUCAAGUGCCAGAUGCGCAAGAUCCGCGUGCCCAUGGCCAACCUCGACGAGAGCCACAACCCGAAGCGCGUCGAGGAGGACCGCACCGUCGCCAUCGAGGCCGCCAUCGUCCGCAUCAUGAAGGCGCGCAAGACCCUCAGCCACCAGCAGCUCCUCGCGGAGGUCCUCAGCCAGCUCGCCUUCUUCCGCCCGAACCCCAAGGUCAUCAAGCGCCGCAUCGAGGCCCUCAUCGACCGCGAGUACCUCGAGCGCGACCCGGACGUCGCCAACAGCUACCGCUACCUCGCCUGAGGCAACGGACGCUGCGGCUCGGGCCCGCGGGCGGCGGGGCCUCUCGCGCGGCGCGCGCCACACCGACACCCCGGCGCUCGUCGCACUAACUACGAGACCAG